GAACAAUUAUUAUUAACAAUAAAACGACAAGGUAAAAUUAUAUUAAUUUAACAUUGAGUGUAUUCGUGUCUUUUUUUACUAGCUUGCAUAAGAAAGAGAUAAAAAAAAAGACAUUUCCAUUCGGCAACGUUGUCAAGUUUAAACCAAAACAAAGACAAAUCUGACAUGAUCUAAAUAAACAUCCUUUUAAAAAUUAAAAUUUCAUUAAAACCGAGUAAAACUCAAACGACAAAAUGGUCUUGGCCGAUUUAGGACGUAAAAUAACGUCCGCCCUGCACAGUCUGAGCAAAGCGACUAUCAUCAACGAAGAGGUCCUCAAUGGCAUGCUCAAGGAAAUUUGCGCGGCCCUGCUCGAGGCCGACGUCAACAUCAAAAUGGUCAAGUCCCUUAGGGAAAAUGUACGGGCAGUUAUCGAUUUUGAAGAAAUGGCUGGGGGGUUGAACAAGAGACGGAUGAUACAGAGCGCUGUAUUCAAGGAAUUGGUUAAACUUGUAGAUCCUGGUGUAAAACCCUACCAACCAGUCAAAGGCAAACCAAACAUCAUAAUGUUUGUAGGAUUACAAGGGUCAGGUAAAACCACUACCUGUACCAAACUGGCCUACUACUACCAAAAGAAAAACUGGAAAUCUUGCCUGGUUUGUGCUGACACUUUUCGUGCCGGAGCUUAUGACCAAGUCAAACAAAAUUGCACCAAAGCUAGGAUACCUUUCUAUGGUAGCUACACUGAAGUAGACCCAGUUGUCAUAGCUCAAGAUGGUGUAGAAAUGUUCAAAAAAGAACAAUUUGAAAUCAUUAUUGUCGAUACUAGUGGCAGGCACAAGCAAGAGGAUUCAUUGUUUGAGGAAAUGUUGCAAGUUUCUAAUGCUGUUAAACCAGACAAUAUUGUGUUUGUAAUGGACGCUACUAUAGGACAAGCCUGUGAAGCCCAAGCAAGAGCUUUCAAAGAAAAAGUAGAUGUAGGCUCGGUUAUAAUUACUAAAUUAGAUGGGCAUGCCAAGGGUGGAGGGGCCCUAAGUGCAGUUGCAGCCACAAGUAGUCCGAUAAUAUUCAUAGGAGUAGGAGAACAUAUAGAUGAUUUGGAACCUUUCAAAACUAAACCCUUUAUAAGCAAAUUGCUAGGGAUGGGCGACAUUGAAGGCCUUAUAGAUAAAGUCAAUGAGUUGAAACUAGAAGACAAUGAAGAACUUUUGGAGAAAAUCAAGCAUGGACAGUUCACUUUGAGGGACAUGUACGAGCAGUUUCAGAAUAUAAUGAAGAUGGGGCCUUUUUCACAAAUAAUGGGUAUGAUUCCAGGCUUCAGCCAAGAUUUCAUGUCGAAAGGCAGCGAACAAGAAUCAAUGGCCCGUCUAAAAAAAUUAAUGACAAUAAUGGACAGCAUGAACGAUGGCGAAUUAGACAGCAGAGAUGGCGCUAAACUAUUCACCAAGCAACAAACUCGCGUUAUAAGAGUAGCUCAAGGUUCAGGUGUAACUGAACGAGAAGUCAAAGAGCUGAUAACUCAGUAUACAAAGUUUGCAGCAGUUGUGAAAAAGAUGGGCGGUAUUAAGGGCCUGUUCAAAGGGGGCGACAUGGCUAAAAAUGUUAACCAAAACCAAAUGGCCAAGCUCAAUCAGCAAAUGGCGCGCAUGAUGGAUCCUAGGGUUUUACAUCAAAUGGGAGGCAUGAGCGGUUUGCAAAAUAUGAUGAGACAAUUGCAAUCCGGAGCGGCAGGAGGGCUGGGAGGUUUAGGAAAUUUGAUGGGCGGUUUUGGCAAACAAUAAGUUGUAUUAUUAUUAUUUUGUUUUUUUGAUAAUAAAAAGAUUUUAUAAAUGAAAGUUUAAUGUGUACUUAAUACAAUUUUGUUCUAAACUAAUUGCACCGAAUAUGGCACACCUCUCAAUUAUUUAUUCUCUAAAAAUACUGCGUGUGUUAAAAAAAUCCCUAUUGUUAUAAAAAUAAUUAUUGUUUUUUUUUCGAAUUGUCUAUACAUUGUAGGUAGUUGAAAAAAAAUAAAUAAAAUUACAAUUAAUAAAUUAAAACAAAACUAUACAAAUUAAUUGAAAGGACCUCACAUAGCUCUUAUUUGGUUUUCUGUCAAAUUCAAUAUGUGUUAGACCUUGACUUCCUAAUGGGUGAGAUACAGGUACUUCAAUGUCCUCAAAAACUAGUCAUAGACCUAUGAGAACUUUUUAUCAGUAAGCCAAGGUCUGACACAUAUCAAAAUUUCAUUGAGUUUAUAAGUUAUAAGAAGUGUGUAGGGUCCUUUAAAAUAGCAUUAAACAAUAUACAAAAAUUCAGUUAAAGAAAAAGUUGCCAUCAUACAAAGAAAUAAAUACAACAUUUCUAUUAUUUAUAAUACAUAUAAUAUUUUCAAAGGCACUUUUUUUUUAUACACAGUAGUGCAGACAAGAAAAAAAAAAUAUGCUCAGAUCUAUCAUUACUCUUGUGUGCAAUAAUAAUUUCUUCAUUAGGCCAAAGUGCUCCUCUCUAAGGCAGUGGACGAGUAAAAGAAAACUAUAGUCAACUUGCUCGAGGCUUAAAUUUAAACUAAAUUAAAAAUAUCAGUCGAUAGGCUUAACUUGAGCCAUUAUUUUCCCUUCCCACAAUGGGAGUAUAUCACUAUCGUUGCUCACCUCUUCUUGGAUUACUUGAUUGCCCAAAUCCUCGCAUACGGUUUUAAAGAA